GCGAGCCAGCUGUCGUCCUCUCAGCGCUGGCUCUUUCCUCCCUCUCGCUGACUCCCGUGUUCUCCACUGGCCUCAUCACCACAUGGGACUCCAGACCUGGCCACCAAUCGAACCACAACUUUUCCCUAUGGCGUGCCUUGACGUGGAGACCCCUUCCAUCUGCAGGGGUAAAUUCAAAUCAGUCCUGCAGCUCUGUCUGCAGCAGAGGAGAACUCGGGAGCAACUUGUGGACCAAGGCAUCAUGCCGCCCCUAAAAGCACCUGCUGCCUUUCAUGAGCAGAUUCGCAGCCUGGAGAGAGCCAGGACUGGGACCUUCCUGAAGCACAAACUCUGCAGCCGACCCGGGCGUUCUGAGCUGGUCCGUAUGCACAUCCUACAAGAGACACAUGCAGAGCCCUCCCUGCAGGCCACACAAAUGAAGCUGAAGAGGGCCAGACUGACUGAUGAUCUCAAUGAGAAGAUCGCCCAGAGGCCCGGACCCAUGGAGCUGGUGGAGAAGAACAUCCUGCCUGUGGACCCCGGUGUUGAGGAGGUUAAUAAUGCUGGUAGCAAGGUGGAUUGUGCGAAGACACCUGACAGUUCAGACGUGUACAACUUUGAUGAGGACAGCAGCGAUGCCUUUUCACCGCAACAUCCUGCAAGCCAACACUCUCCCAGCUCCACAUCGGCCUCGCCGCCGGAGUCUGAAGAGGCCACUCUUACGUUAAAAACUCCCAUACAGCACUCCCCACCACCCAGCUCACAGUCUGCAUCAGAUUUAAACAACCCUAUGCCCACCGGUGAGCAACAAAGCAACCUACAAUCAACUCAACCUCAACCUGUCACCACUGCCGUCACCUGUGUUACACCGGGGCCAGUUCUUGUGAAGCAAAGCUUGGCUAAGCCUCCUGCUGAAAAAAGCCGCAGCAAAAAGAGCAAAGAGCCCAAACCACGAGUGAAGAAGUUGAAGUACCAUCAGUAUAUUCCCCCGGACCAGAAACAAGAGCUUAAUGAAGUGCCAAUGGACUCUGCUUACGCCCGCCUCCUGCAGCAACAGCAGCAGUUCUUGCAGCUCCAGAUCCUAAACCAGCAGAAGCAGCAGCAGCAGCAGCAGUACAAUUACCAGGCCUCCAAGCUCAACAGACCAACAACUGAGGUACAAACCAGCUGUUCUAACAUUGCUUUUAGUGGAAAUGCUGCGUCUGCCCCUUUGCAGCUCCACCACAUGAACCGCAAGCCGGAUCACUUACCAGCUAAUCUGGAUGAGAUGAAGGUAGCUGAGCUGAAAAUGGAAUUAAAACUCAGAUCUUUGCCUGUUUCUGGGACCAAGACCGAGCUGAUCGAGAGGCUAAAGCUGUAUCAGGAGAACUCUAGCACCCAGACUGCUGCUCCCAUCGAUGCAGCAAUCUCACAGUCAGAAACUCCUAAAUUAACCCCGCCCGUGUCCCCUAUUGCUUCUAAAGUGUCUAAUCUGGGCAUAGAAGAUAAUAGUAUGGCAGACAGUCCAACAAAACUGCUUUCAGAUGCUCCAGCCCUUCAUGCUCCCUGCAUGAGCUCCCCACAGAGUGCACCACAUGAGGAGUGUCCCAUGGAGACAAAAUCCCACGAGCAGGACUCUGAAAAGGACAAACGGCUGCAUGAAAAGGAGCGUCAGAUUAAGGAACUAAUGAGGAAGCUGGAGCAGGAGCAGAGACUGGUGGAGGAACUGAAGAUGCAAUUGGAGGUGGAGAAAAGGAGUCAACAGGGAGACUCUCCAUCUCAGCUCAGUCCUCUGCUUCCCGUCCAGGUCAAAGAGGAACGCAGGACUCCGUCAAACUGCACAGCAUCCUGCAGCUCUCCUGGUCUGCCAGUACUGGUCAAACAGGAAGAGCCUGCAGAUCAGAGCCACGUAACCAGUCCGAAUCAAUUCAUCCUCGGUCACCAGACCAUCACACAGCCUGAAUCCCUGCCUGCGCAGGCCGGAGCUCAGAUCCUACUGCCCGCAUCCCUUCCUGCCUCAGCAGCCACUAUCCAGCUCCCCACCAAAGGCAUUGCAUUACACACAGGCCUUAUCCAGGCUUCUGGAUCGGUGCCACAGAAAACAGAGGCCUCAGCAGCAAUACAUCAGCAAUGCAGCACUCAAACCCAGCCACUGGCAAAGACGUGGAGGAUUAAUACCGCGGCACAGAACUUUCUCAAUACAUUCCCAGUGAGUGGAUGCACUGCAGGAGCUUCUUCAGGCCAGGCCCUUCCCAAAGGACCUACAAAUAAGCCUCCCUGUUCCAGCCAGUCUCCAAACAGUUUGAUCUUGCAGCAUCCAAAAUUCACGAACCAUGUGUCAAAGUGUAAAGACCCACCGCGCUAUGAGGAUGCCGUUAAACAGAAACGCAGCAUGCUAACAGCUGUUCAGGGUCCCACUGUGGCCAGCCAGGAGAUGGAUGACCUGUUUGACGUGUUGCUGGAGAGCGGUGAGAUCUCCCCCUACAUUUCACAGGAUCCUCCCAACCUGGAUAAGCUUCUUGUGGUGACAGCUAGUGUAACCACCCUUCCCAUCAACACAGCUUUAUCUCGCCCUCCACCCUUAGUCCAGGUAGCAAAGCCGCCUGCGUGCCUGACCUCCGACUCCCGGCUGGAAACCCUCCUGGAGGGCGCACUGCUCCCUGACACAGAACCACAAAAACUGAAGCUGAUGGAGGACUUACAUGCACCCGGGGACACCAUGGAAGUGGAUUUUAAUGACAACAUGUCCACCUCUGCUCUCAACAUGGACAACAUGGAUUGGCUGGAUCUCACUCUGUCUGUGCCAGCAGAGGAGGGUCACUCUUUGGAUGUGUCAGUGCCAGUAGGCGUCUUCUCGUCUGACUUCCUGGACUCUAGUGAACUGCACUUGAACUGGGACUGAGUGCUGUCAAGGCGAUCGUUUUUCAUUGUGAGAGAAGACUGCUUUUGUUUCCAUGAGACAAUAAGAGCUGUUUGGAUGCUUCAGCAACUCCGUUCUGCUUUUCGGACAGAUAAAUCAGCUCUGUAAUAAUCUCAUCGUGCAACAUCACUUUAGAAGUUGCUGAACUGCUUCCUUUGAGGUCUCUAAAUCCUCUGGUUGUAUCGGGAGACAGAUAAAGUUAGAGUGGUACUGGCAGUUUGAGCUGAAAGUGCAAGUAAGCUUUUAAGAUUUCCAUCUCAAGACACGCCGCUGAUUUGUUAUCAGUCUCAUUUAAUGUUAUUGAUUCCUCUUAGUCCUCUGAUCUCAGUGAAUGUAGAGCUUUACAGUCAGCGUGGUGUGAGCAGAAAGAGCAGGAAAAUGUCCCAAAUCCUGGCCGCAGUGCUAACGGCCAAACAGCGAAUGUAGCUGAGGGCUGCUGUGUAGUUUACUCCACCCUGUCUUGGAAUGAUUAUCACUAUCAAAACAGAUUGUAAACACACAACCGCUGCACGAUCCUUGUGUGUAUGUGAAUUGUGAAGUAUAAAUCAGAUGUUUCAUUUGAGCUGGGAGUGUGAAUAUGAUGAAAUUAGAAAAAGGGCCACAACAAGCAGCCCAGCUGCUCUGACUAAAACAGGGCCCGUAUUUAUUACCAAAAAAAAAACAAAAAAAAAACAUGUUUUCCUCUCUUGCACUUUGCAAAACAGAUCAAAGAGUGAAGACAAGUCUGUUAUGUAUCUCACCGUGCAUCUGUACACACUGUCAAACAUACGCGAGACAAAUGCGAGCUUAAAAAAAGGGAGCGAGACAGAGAAAGAGAGAGCCAGACUCUUCACUUACAGCGAUGGACUGAUUCCUAAAGGCUGAAGAUGUUUGAAUAAUUUAUUUUCAUUUUUCAGUAAAUAGACAUCUGCGCAGCAUACAAACACCACCAGAGAAAAAUAACAGAAGUAUGAUCCAGCGCUCGUUUUUGUUUCAGCAUCAUUUCAAACUCAAAUAACCAUCAGAUGUUACAAGUCAGGUUGUAGUUCAGUGACAUCUACUGGCCACAUCUGAUUUGAAUCAGCUUCAUACAAACAAAUGGAAGACGUGCUAUGCUUUUGGUUUCUGUUGUUAAUAGUGACACAGACCAUUAUAUCUUGGCAGUACAGUAUGUGUGUAAUAACUGUGUCAUAUUGUUAAAUUAUUGAAGACUUACUGGCAGUUUCUAAGCCACCCAAAUAUGGAAGGAGCUGUUAUGAAAAUGAUGCAAGUUUCUAUUAUUUUUUUUAGUUCUUUUCCCCAUCUCCUCCUUUGUGCCUCAUUUGACCACCCAAGUGUCUCUCCUUAAAAAGGGGUUAUGUGCUGGAAUGACAAAUGUUUAGUCUUUACUACACUAGCAUAACUCGGCAUACAAAAACCUUGCAUUUGUAUGAUUUACACAUGAUGUAUUUAUGUUGGCUUUUUAUACAAAUAUUAACAGUCGUUUUGUAAAUACAGAGAUUCUUUGGGAUUUGAGUGUCUGGCUAUGAGCUUCAGCACUUGCCCUUUACUGCUUGCCAUUAAAAAUUU